AUGGAAGAUGGGAGUGGGAGUGGGAGGGGGAGGGGGAGGGGGAGUGGGAGUGGGAGUGGGAGUGGGAGUGGGAGUGGGAGUGGGAGUGGGAGUGGGAGUGGGAGUGGGAGUGGGAGGGGGAGGGGGAGUGGGAGGGGAGGGGAGUGGGAGGGGGAGUGGGAGGGGGAGGGGGAGGGGGAGUGGGAGGAGGGGGAGGAGGGGGAGGGGAGGAGGGGGGAGGGUGUUGGUCAUGAUUGA